AAACGCCAGUACCUCAGAGCAUACACACACACACACCUCCCUCUUUCUCUCUCUCUCUCUCUCUCUCUCACUCUGUUUUUAAACAAGUUCUUCUCCUCCUUCAACACGCGGUAGAGAAGAUGACGGAGCUUCGGCAUCGCGGUGGUUCUGCCGAACCCGACCUGCAGCAGCCCGAGGACAAGGGUUCAGAGGCGGAGGACAGGAUGGAGAAAGAUGGCGGAGUGUCAGACGCCGAGUCGAAGCCUGACUCCGGAGUACCCGAUGUUCCUGCAACCUCAGACGACACUCCGGAGGUGCUGAACAAAGCCCUGUCAGGCCUGUCGUCACGGUGGAAGAACUGGUGGGUGAGAGGAAUUCUAACCCUGGCCAUGAUCUCCUUCUUCUUCUUCAUCAUUUAUCUCGGCCCGAUGGUGCUGAUGAUGAUCGUGCUGUGUGUGCAGAUCAAGUGUUUUCACGAAAUCAUCACCAUCGGGUACAGCGUGUAUCACUCCUAUGACCUGCCCUGGUUCAGGACUCUCAGCUGGUACUUCCUGUUGUGCGUAAACUACUUCUUCUACGGCGAGACGGUGACCGAUUACUUCUUCUCGCUGGUGCAGAGGGAGGAGCCACUGAGGAUUCUCAGCAAAUACCAUCGCUUCAUCUCCUUCACCCUCUAUCUGUCCGGGUUCUGUAUGUUUGUAUUGAGCUUGGUGAAGAAGCACUACCGGCUGCAGUUCUACAUGUUCGGCUGGACCCACGUGACCCUGCUGAUCGUGGUCACUCAGUCCCACCUCAUUAUCCACAACUUGUUUGAAGGCAUGAUCUGGUUUAUCGUCCCCAUCUCUUGUGUGAUCUGUAAUGACAUCAUGGCCUACAUGUUCGGCUUCUUCUUCGGUCGAACUCCCCUCAUCAAGCUGUCUCCUAAGAAGACGUGGGAAGGAUUCAUUGGUGGAUUUUUCGCCACCAUAGUGUUUGGACUCCUGUUGUCAUAUGUGAUGGCAGGUUAUCGUUACUUUGUGUGUUCAGUGGAGUUUAAUAACGACUCAAACAGCUUCACGGUGGACUGUGAGCCUUCAGAGCUCUUCCAGCUUCAGGACUACAUCCUGCCCUCUGUCCUAAAGUCCCUCACUGGCUGGACCACGGUGAAGCUGUACCCUUUCCAGAUCCACAGCAUCGCUCUGUCCAGCUUCGCCUCCAUCAUGGGUCCAUUCGGAGGAUUCUUCGCUAGUGGAUUCAAGAGGGCCUUCAAGAUUAAGGACUUUGCCAACACCAUCCCGGGCCAUGGAGGAAUUAUGGACCGCUUUGACUGCCAGUACCUCAUGGCCACCUUCGUCAACGUUUACAUCGCCAGCUUUAUCAGAGGUCCGAACCCGACCAAAGUGAUCCAGCAGCUGUUGGCUCUGAGGCCGGACCAACAGCUCUACAUCUACAACUCUCUGAAAGCUCACCUGACUGAGAGAGGGCUGCUGGGGGCGCUGGAGGAGGCGGCCUAAACCCCGAACCUGCACAGAAAACACACACAACCCUAAGAGAGUGAGAAAGUCAGGGGUCAUGGGGUCACGGGAUCGGCCUGGAGGCGGAGCUAUGUGGAGGUGGGAGACCACGAAGAUCCAGAUCAGGGAAAAAAAAGGAAAACAUUUAAAGCCUUGGGUCAUUCCAUUUUGUGUGUGUGUGUGUGUGUGUGUGUGUGUGUGUGUGAAGAGCGUGUGUGUGUGUUAGCAUUAGUGUUUAUUAUUAUUCGUGUUUUUUUUUUUUAUUAUUAUUAUUCACAAAUGAUAUACUGUACGUUUGUUUUCUUUUAUUACCCGAUAAGAUAAAUAUUGUACACAGAGUGACACAUCCGACCUUUUCUUCCAUCGUGACUCACGUCACACACGUGUGUAAACCCUGUCAGUCAUCCGUAUUGUGAAUCUUUUAAGGUCGAUGUUAUAUAAUGAUAUUAUAUUUGUUAUCCUCUUAUAGCGAUCACGUUUCUAAUUAGGGUUCGGUUGCUGUGUUUUUUGUUUUCUUUUAGCUUCAUGUUCAGGAUCAUGUCCUUCAGACAUUUCAUCCCAAAACGUGGGAUUUUUUAAAAGUCAGCACGCGUCUGGUGUCUUACAUAGUGUUUUAUUCCUCUUACACCACAACGUUCGACAUCGCUUUCGCAGCGUAUUUAUUUAUUCAUAAACAAGACGCUUUUAUUUACUCACUUUAAAGGAUAUAUAUAUUUUUUUCCUUACAGCAGCUAUAACUGUUCUUUCCCUCAGCAGCUUCUCUCUCUCUUUAUUCUAAAGUUAAGCAGAAAAAUAAACAGAACGGUUUAUCACGUGACCAAGUAAAAAACAAUCGGACUGUUACAAAGCUGCAACACUGGAGACUCUGUAAAUGUUACAUAGACGCGUUUUCUUGUUUUUCACAAUUAAAAAAAUAGGCCACGCCUCCUGGGGCAGUGUGGCGUCACAAUCUUUAGACCGAGGAGAGAGAUUACGAAUGUUCUUUUAUUUUUUUACGUUUUAUUUAGAGAAUGUCGAACGUCAGACACCGAACAUGUCUUGCAGUCGAUUAUAUCCUGGGAAAUUAAUUUAUGAACACUUUUUAAUGUCAUUUAAUUUUAUUUGAGCUAUAUUAGAUAUAUUUAGUGCACUGUUCGUGCUGCUGUGCUUUUCAUCUGGACGUGUUCAGUAUUAGCUUAGCGCUCUGAUAAUCACAGAGUUUGCCAUGAACCUGAAUGUCUUUUUUUUUCUCCCUCCGUUGUGCCCUUUCACGUGUCACCCCUGACGUGCUCGACACGGCCGAGUAGGUCCUUUGACACGUCGACACUGUUUUUAUAUUUUUUUUUUCAUGUCCUGUUACAUUUCUAAGCAGAAAAUAGAGGUUCAGGUCAGCAGUGCAAUAACACGUCAGUGAAUGAAGCUUCACAUCUGUACCUCACGUGCCACGUUCACUCCUGUUACAGUUUAACACGUCAGUUACGCUUAUUAAUGUGUCGGUGUUAUCUUAUUGGCUGAGCUCUGUGUCAUAAACGCCUCACAUGAUCGGAUUCGACUCUUUUUUUUAAACAAAUCACCACAAAUUGAAGCUGAUCGGAUAAAUAGAUUGCUGUAAAAAUAAAUUCUUAUAAACAAACUUCUGUCUGAAGGAAGUAAUUUGCUCAGAUCUCAGUCAUAAACAGUGUUUAUAAUAAAAGCAGUUCAUGACUGAGACAUUUAUUCUGAAAGUGUAACACAGUAGGCUGAGAUCUUUAUGAUGAAGGAGGAGACGUUUAUCAUAUAAGCAGAACGUGAUUAGACAUGAGAUAUGUUCAUGAUGAAAGUUGAACGUGAUUGCCUGAGAAGUUUAUAAUAAGAGCUGAACGUGAUUGGCCAAAACGUUUAUGAGGAAGGCGGAGACAUUUAUAAUAAGACGUUAAUAAGACGCAGGGACGUUUAUAAUGAAAGCUGAACGUGAUUGGCCGAGACGUUUAUGAGGAAGGCGGAGACGUUUAUAAUAAGAGCUGAACGUGAUUGGACAAGACGUUUAUAAUAAGAGCUGAACGUGAUUGGACAAGACGUUUAUAAUAAGAGCUGAACGUGAUUGGACGAGACGUUUAUAAUAAGAGCUGAACGUGAUUGGACGAGACGUUUAUAAUAAGAGCUGAACGUGAUUGGACAUGACGUUUAUAAUAAGAGCUGAACGUGAUUGGACGAGACGUUUAUAAUAAGAGCUGAGCGUGAUUGGACGAGACGUUUAUAAUAAGAGCUUAACGUGAUUGGACAAGACGUUUAUAAUAAGAGCUGAGCGUGAUUGGACGAGACGUUUAUGAGGAAGGCGGAGACGUUUAUAAUAAGAGCUGAACGUUAAUUCUGAAAGCGGAACAUUGACAGAGAUGUUUAUUUGAUCCUGAAACGUGAUUGGCUGAGAUGUUUGUCAUUGUGAAACAUCACUGGCCGAGAGGUUUGUCUUUGAUGGUGGAAUGUAAUUUGGUAUCUGGUCAGGUUUCUCGCCCUGUUUAUCUGCACUGUUUUUUUAUUAUAUUUUGUUAUGAAUCAUGGACCAUAUAACAGGAGUAGAGGAAACUUUAACUCGAGCUUCAACAAGCGUCUUUAUGGAGUACACGUUUACUACACGUAUAGGCGUAGGAAUCACGUCUCUCACUCCUGUCCUUUACCCACAAUUCACUGCCAAAUAAAACCUGCAGCUACUGACAUUUACUGCGAAAUUGAUACGUUUUCGAUUCUUUACAUCGCAGUGAAGUUUCAACAAAAAUUAUUAUUUAUUGAUAUAAAAAGCAAUUGUUACACUGUAGACAUUUUUUAUUUUUCAUAAACAAGGUUAAAGGUCGUGUGGAAAUUCUCAUGUAAUAUUUGUAAUUCAUGUUGUGCUUCGAAGCCAUAUAUUUAUAAUAUAUAUAUAUAAAAAAAAGCUUCACGUCGUCAACUUUAAAUCAUUACCGCCUCUGUAACCUCGCAGGAUCUUUAUCGUCUGGUUAUUAAGGCUCUAUAAUGUAGAAAUAUCCAGUUUAUAGAAAGAUAUAGAUAUUUAUUUGUGUAGAAAUUGAUUAUUCUAUACAUAAUUGUGAAUAGAAUGCAUGUGUGUGAGAGAAGAAGAGAGAGAAAGAGAGUGUGUGUGGUGAUCAAAGCUGUUCUCAGGCUCUCGACUGAUUUUUUCCAGAUAACAGCAAGAGGUGAUUUUUUUCAUUAUUUUAAACGAGUCCACUAGAGGGCGAUAAAUCACCUCUAAUUCUGACACCGACAUCCAUCUUCUAAACCCCAAAACCAAUCGAAUCACAAUCUGAUGACCAUUUGUGUUCGUUUCCUUUUUCUAACCAGGUGCCAUUUAAUUUAACACACCCUGCAUAGUGCACUGGAUCUCAGUUUGGGACAUGACGCAUGAUCUGCACUGAUUUAUCUCUAGAUGCUUUACUUUACACCAGCGUUGGGCUUUUAUUUAUUCACCCUUUUCACUUCAUAGUGACCUUCAGAGAAACGCUUUCUCAACUGGGAAACCUUUCAGACCUGGUUUCACCAUGAGAACAAAUUUAUAGUACCUGCACUGCCUUUUGUAGUCCAGUCUGGGACCUUUAAGGGUUUCUGAGGAAACAUUUGAGUGUUUUACGUAGAAUCAGAAAUAUUUCAAUCUAAACCCUUUUGGGAAGCAAAGAACAUUUAUAAAAGUGUAGACAAACCAAGUAAAGUAAAGUAGCACACACACACACAGAAUUAUCCACGUGGAGGAGACUAGCCAGGAACCACUGAAGAACCCUUGAGGAUUUUUUUUCCCUCAAAACAUACAGGUGUAGAAAAAAAGGUAGAUCCUAUUAGGUGUUUUUUUUAUAACUUUAUUGGGGAAUGUUUAAAGGUUUCACACAGAUUUCGAACUGGAACCACUUUAGGAACCCUGGAAGAGCACUUCAGCAUCUAUUGUUUUACAUGAAUGGCUUUAAUGGUUCCUCUACAGAGCUAAACCAUUUAUAUCGGAUACUAGGUGGAACCUGGUGGUUCAGAAUAGAUAAUAAAAAUGUACCAUGGAGUUCAUGGCCAGUGUAAUAAAUAUGAUCUGGUUCCAGAGAAGAACCUGUUGGACACUUGAACUGUUUCUUGAUCAGGACAAACCAGUACCUUUUAUUUAAGGGUUGUAGCAGCAAAGCAUUGCAUGUGAAUGGAACAGAAUACCCACAAUGCAUCAUUCCAUGUACAGUAGGUGGUUCAUGUGUGAUUCAAGAUCUUCACGUUAUUCACUACUCCAGUGUAACUACUCUACUGUGUUUGAUAUGUCCAUGGUGCAGGGUGCAAGAUUAGACUCUGAAGGUGGAUUAGACAGUGUGAAGGGUCUGAUGUGGGGCAAUAACCUGGGUUGUUUACGUCUGCGAGAACAGUUACUCCUUUACCAGAUUAUUAUUAUUAUUAUUAUUAUUAUUAUUAUUAUUAUUGUGCUCUGUUUCUGUUGCAUAUUAUUUUUAUCAUUUAUUUUUAAUGCAGUGAUGCACAUGUGCUCUUCCCCUUUUUCCUGUGCAUUUGUAUUACAGCUAAUUAAACAGAAAGCUAAAUGUG